CGCUUUGUGUGCAGCCCGACGAGGGGCGGCGGCGCAACCACCUGACAGAGGCCCGGGCGCUCGAUGCACCUUCCGCCCGCAUGAGGAGGAGAGGCCGGUAGAGGACUGUGAGAGAAAAGUUGUCCCCCAGGAUGGACUUCACCGCGCAGCCCAAGCCUGCCACUGCCCUCUGUGGCGUCGUGAGUGCCGAUGGGAAGAUCGCCUACCCUCCGGGGGUGAAGGAGAUCACCGACAAGAUCACCACCGACGAAAUGAUCAAGCGGCUGAAGAUGGUAGUAAAAACUUUUAUGGAUAUGGAUCAGGACUCAGAAGACGAAAAACAGCAGUAUCUCCCACUAGCCUUGCAUCUUGCAUCUGAAUUUUUCCUCAGGAACCCCAAUAAAGAUGUGCGUCUCCUUGUAGCAUGUUGUUUGGCUGACAUCUUUCGAAUCUAUGCCCCAGAAGCCCCAUAUACUUCCCACGAUAAACUUAAGGACAUAUUUUUGUUUAUCACCAGACAGUUAAAAGGUUUGGAGGAUACAAAGAGUCCACAGUUUAAUAGAUACUUUUAUUUAUUAGAGAAUUUAGCUUGGGUUAAAUCAUAUAACAUCUGCUUUGAAUUGGAAGAUUGCAAUGAAAUUUUUAUUCAACUUUUUAGGACUCUCUUCUCAGUAAUCAACAAUAGCCACAAUAAGAAAGUACAAAUGCAUAUGCUGGAUUUGAUGAGUUCUAUCAUCAUGGAAGGUGAUGGAGUUACUCAAGAAUUAUUGGACUCCAUUCUUAUUAACCUCAUUCCUGCACAUAAGAACUUAAAUAAACAGUCCUUCGACCUUGCAAAAGUUCUCUUGAAAAGAACAGUCCAGACUAUUGAGGCAUGCAUUGCCAAUUUUUUCAAUCAAGUCCUGGUGCUGGGAAGAUCAUCAGUAAGUGAUUUGUCAGAACAUGUGUUUGAUCUGAUUCAGGAACUUUUUGCUAUAGAUCCUCAUUUAUUGUUAUCUGUCAUGCCCCAGCUUGAAUUCAAACUGAAGAGCAAUGACGGGGAAGAGCGAUUAGCUGUUGUUCGGCUUCUAGCUAAAUUGUUUGGCUCUAAAGAUUCUGAUUUGGCAACGCAGAAUCGUCCUCUUUGGCAGUGUUUUCUUGGACGAUUUAAUGACAUUCAUGUUCCUGUAAGAUUAGAAAGUGUGAAAUUUGCCAGCCACUGUUUAAUGAAUCACCCGGAUUUAGCAAAGGAUCUCACAGAAUAUUUGAAGGUUAGAUCACAUGAUCCAGAAGAAGCUAUUCGUCACGAUGUCAUUGUUACUAUAAUAACAGCUGCCAAAAGAGACCUUGCCUUAGUAAAUGAUCAAUUGCUUGGCUUUGUAAGAGAAAGAACACUGGAUAAACGGUGGCGAGUAAGAAAAGAAGCUAUGAUGGGUCUGGCUCAGCUUUAUAAGAAAUACUGUCUACAUGGUGAAGCAGGAAAGGAAGCUGCAGAAAAAGUCAGCUGGAUAAAGGACAAACUUUUGCAUAUUUAUUAUCAGAACAGCAUCGAUGACAAACUGUUGGUAGAAAAAAUCUUUGCUCAGUACCUUGUCCCCCAUAACCUGGAAACAGAAGAGAGAAUGAAAUGCUUAUAUUAUUUAUAUGCUAGUUUGGAUCCAAAUGCUGUAAAAGCUCUCAAUGAAAUGUGGAAGUGUCAGAACAUGCUUCGGAGUCAUGUACGUGAACUGUUAGAUUUGCACAAGCAGCCUACAUCAGAAGCUAAUUGUUCUGCUAUGUUUGGAAAACUGAUGACCAUAGCAAAGAAUUUGCCCGACCCUGGCAAAGCACAAGAUUUUGUGAAGAAAUUUAACCAGGUUCUUGGUGAUGAUGAGAAACUGAGGUCUCAGUUGGAGUUAUUAAUCAGCCCAACCUGUUCAUGCAAACAGGCAGACGUUUGUGUGAGAGAAAUAGCUCGGAAACUUGCAAAUCCUAAGCAGCCAACAAAUCCUUUUCUAGAGAUGGUCAAAUUUCUGUUGGAAAGAAUUGCACCUGUGCACAUUGAUUCAGAAGCCAUAAGUGCACUUGUAAAAUUGAUGAAUAAAUCCAUAGAGGGGACAGCAGAUGAUGAAGAGGAGGGUGUAAGUCCCGAUACUGCUAUUCGUUCAGGACUUGAACUUCUUAAGGUUCUGUCUUUCACACAUCCUACCUCGUUCCACUCUGCAGAGACAUAUGAGUCCUUGUUACAGUGCCUGAGAAUGGAGGAUGAUAAGGUAGCAGAAGCUGCUAUACAAAUUUUUAGAAAUACAGGCCACAAAAUAGAAACAGAUCUUCCCCAGAUACGAUCGACCUUAAUACCCAUCUUACAUCAAAAAGCAAAGAGGGGUACUCCACACCAAGCAAAACAGGCUGUGCACUGUAUACAUGCCAUAUUCACAAAUAAAGAAGUCCAGCUUGCGCAGAUUUUUGAGCCACUCAGUAGGAGUCUGAAUGCUGAUGUACCAGAACAACUUAUAACUCCAUUAGUUUCCUUGGGCCACAUUUCUAUGUUAGCACCAGAUCAGUUUGCUUCCCCAAUGAAAUCCGUAGUAGCAAAUUUUAUUGUGAAAGAUCUGCUAAUGAAUGACAGGUCAACAGGUGAGAAGAAUGGUAAAUUAUGGUCUCCAGAUGAAGAGGUUUCCCCUGAAGUACUAGCAAAGGUACAGGCAAUUAAACUUCUAGUAAGGUGGCUGUUGGGUAUGAAAAACAACCAGUCUAAAUCUGCCAAUUCAACUCUUCGGUUAUUAUCAGCAAUGUUGGUUAGUGAGGGUGAUCUGACAGAGCAAAAGAGGAUCAGUAAAUCUGAUAUGUCUCGCUUGCGAUUAGCUGCUGGUAGUGCCAUAAUGAAGCUUGCUCAGGAACCUUGUUACCAUGAAAUUAUUACCCCAGAACAGUUUCAGCUCUGUGCACUUGUUAUUAAUGAUGAAUGUUACCAAGUAAGGCAGAUUUUUGCUCAGAAGCUACAUAAGGCACUUGUGAAGUUACUGCUCCCGUUGGAGUAUAUGGCGAUCUUUGCCUUGUGUGCCAAAGAUCCUGUGAAGGAGAGACGAGCACAUGCACGACAGUGUUUGCUAAAAAAUAUCAGCAUACGCAGGGAGUACAUUAAACAGAACCCUAUGGCUACUGAGAAAUUAUUAUCACUGUUGCCUGAGUAUGUAGUUCCAUACAUGAUUCACCUGCUAGCCCACGAUCCAGAUUUUACAAGAUCACAAGAUGUUGAUCAGCUUCGUGAUAUCAAAGAGUGCCUAUGGUUCAUGCUUGAAGUUUUAAUGACAAAGAAUGAAAACAAUAGCCAUGCCUUUAUGAAGAAGAUGGCAGAGAAUAUCAAGUUAACCAGAGAUGCCCAGUCUCCAGAUGAAUCCAAGACAAAUGAAAAACUUUAUACAGUAUGUGAUGUGGCUCUGUGUGUUAUAAAUAGUAAAAGUGCUUUGUGCAAUGCAGAUUCACCAAAGGACCCAGUCCUCCCAAUGAAAUUUUUUACACAGCCUGAAAAGGAUUUCUGUAAUGACAAGAGUUAUAUUUCAGAAGAGACAAGAGUACUUCUAUUAACAGGAAAGCCAAAGCCUACUGGAGUACUAGGUGCGGUAAACAAGCCUUUAUCAGCAACGGGAAGGAAACCCUAUGUUAGAAGCACUGGCACUGAAACUGGAAGCAAUAUUAAUGUAAAUUCAGAGCUGAAUGCUGCAACCGGAAAUCGAUCAAGGGAGCAGAGUUCAGAGUCAGGAGAAACUGGAGUUAGUGAAAAUGAGGAGAACCCUGUGAGAAUUAUCUCUGUUACUCCUGUAAAGAAUAUUGACCCGGUAAAGAAUAAGGAAAUUAAUUCCGAUCAGGCUACCCAGGGUAACAUCAGCAGUGACCGGGGAAAGAAAAGAGCGGUACCAGCAGCCGGUGCUGAGAACAUCCAGCAAAAACCAGAUGAGAAAGAAGAUGAAUCAGGGCCACCUGCCCCGGCCAAACCCAGGAGAGGACGUCGACCCAAGUCUGAAUCUCAGGGCAACGCAACCAAAAAUGAUGAUGUAAAUAAACCUGCUAGCAAAGGAAGGAAGAGAGCGGCAGUCAGUCAGGAGAGCCCUGGGGGCUUGGAAGCAGGUAAUGCCAAAGCACCCAAACUGCAAGAUGUAGCCAAAAAGGCAGUACCAGCAGAGAGACAAAUUGACUUACAAAGACCUUUGCCCUGAACAAUAUAUUCAUCCUCUGCUUCCUUUUCUUCAUUAACAGUAAGGUAAAAAGAAAACUCAUAUGCAAAGGGAGAAAAUGAAGGCCAAACUGAAGCAUGCCCCAGCUUCUGCAAAAACUUGGAUUCUACAUGUCUGAAUAGAGAAUGAAGUUCACUUAAUACACACUUUCUGCCUUGAAAACUGAAGGAAACUAUGACUUCCUUUUCACAUGACCACAAAUCUUUUGAUGGAAAUGUACAGCAGAAACUCUUGAAAGAGAGGCUAAAAGCAACUCUAUUCUUCCCUGUCCCCUGGACUUUUCUUAUGAAAAGUCAAUAAUUAAGCAAAUUGCUUAACAUUUGGUUCCAGUUCCUGCAUAUCUGGAGUUUAAACGCAUAAUGCACCAUUAAUUUCCAUGCUGCAGUUUUUAUUUUAAAGAAAGUAACAAGAUAUCCUUACACUGACACUGAAAAUUCAUCCAUUUUAGAGCCAGGAAUUCCCAUGUUACACAAGAAAAAAAAAGAAGUCUACUGAAUUAAUUUUUUAGAAGAAGAGAGAUCAGAUGAAAUAUUUGUUUGUUUUUCCUUUUGGAAACUUUAUGUAUAAUUCUUUCUGCCUGCCUACUUUUCUGCAAAAAUGAGAUGUACAGAUUUCAGUUCCCUGCUAUGAAAAGUGAUGUGGUGGCAAUUUUAUAAAUGUUGCUUUCUGAUUUUUAUCAGAGUGAGAAAAUAAUUAAAAUUGUUAUUGAUUUGCAAGUAGUAAACACUUCAUAUUUUGAUUUCUCCUCCAAUUUAGGUUAAUAUAAUUUUCAAUAAGUGUACAUAUUUGUUUGUUUCCUGAAGCGUAUCACUUUAAAACAGUUUUUACUCCUGUGGUUAUGUUGGAAUACUUGGAAUUUUUAAGGAGUAAAGACUGCCCAGCAUUUGGUUUUAUAAUGUUUGUCACCAGAUUUUUAUUACUGAUAUUAAAAAAAGUCAAUUUUUUAAAUAGUUGGACUUUGGCAGCUUUGUAAAGGGAAGUUGGAGGUGUUCAGGCUCCCUGUCAAUUUUCAGCAUUGUGUUAUUGGGAUAUAAGUGUUUUGUUUUUGGUUUUUGUCUGCUGGUCUGGGCUCAGUUUUAAUGUUUUUUAUUUUAGAAGACAACUGUUGCAUCAGUAUAUUAUGUUUCUCGGCAUUGUUCAGCAUAGGUAAUGUGUACAUUUUGGUGUACACAAUCAUAUUUAAGUUUUUUUGCAUAAAAUAAAUGCUUCUAGAUGUCAUAUGGCAGUCUUUUAAUCUUUUUAUCAUAUUUUCUUGUCAAGUUUUUCAUGUGAAAGGGCUAAAGUCAUAAACAUGAUUACAGUCAACUCUCAAUUAUCUAUAUAAAACAGUGACUGCCUCAGGUUUUAAUUUUGUGAUAAUCAUGAACUCAAAGAACAUAAUCAAGGCACUCUGCAAGGUCUGCUGCCAGAGGAGCUUAAAAUGUGUCCCUCCUCAUACUCAGAAUGACAUCUGUUCCCAGAGUGUAUGGGGCUCAUCUCCAGGCCCCAGCAGAGUUUGCUCACUUCUCCAUUCUGGUUGAUCUUGAUUGGCUGUAGUUUACAUAGGAUGUACAAUAAGGAGAUCAGUCUGAAAAAGGAGAUUAUUUAUGUUAGGGUGAAAUUUGCUGAUAGUAAAUGUCACUUAGGUUCUCAUAGAUAAUCAAGAGUUGGCUGUAUAUUGACUCUGAGAGAUGGAUAAUUCUUUUAAAUAUGCAUAUAAAUAUAUAUACACACACAAGUAUCAGAAAAUGGUUAGUCAAAAAUGGAUGCCAAUGAUAGAAAACAAUAUCUUUUAAAAGUACAGAAAACUUCCUGUUUGCCUUUUCAUGACCCUUUAGAAAGAAGAUGUAAAAUAUUGCCUCCAACUUGCUGACAAGAGUAUCUAUGCACAAAUAUCAGAGAAGUCCCUCAGGCAGUUAGUGGGCAGGUUCUAUUUUGAAAGAGUUUAAAGUUCUCUUAGCAUCAGACAAGUUGAUCUUAAGGCCCCUAAUUUAUCAACAACCAAAUGUGCUUUUUCAGAGACUUUCUCUCUCUCUCCUUUUAACAAAUUGCCCAAUGGUGGUUAGGUGUUAAAUCAUGUUAAAUGAAAUUCAGUGGAAGCAUUUGCAUCAGCUUAUGACUGUUUAGAAUUUUGCAGGAGAGGAGUUAGCUAAAACUAAAAGUGGCCCACUCCUGACUUUAUAAAAUGAUGCAAGUGUCUGGCACUAAGGGAAGGACAGUAGAAUGGUAAAAAGAUUAAACCGAUGGGGAGGGACUUGUUUUUGGGAAAUUUGUCAGUUUUCCCUCAAAAAGGAAAACAUAAAAUCUCUUAGGAAUUUGGUAUUCACAUCUCAGAGAAAUACAACACAAAAGUGCAGACUUAAUAUUUGAAAAUUAAUGUUAACCCUUUGUGUCUAGUUUGAAGCUUCUUGUAUUUGUCUAAAACUACAAGCCAGAAUUUUGUAUCUCCUUUGAUAAAAAGUGUGUAUAAUGUAAAGUAGUUUUGCAUAUUCUUGUGCUGCACAUGGGCUGAAUUUUUAGAAUUUUUUUAAAGACUUGAAGCAGAACCUUGUAAUUUGUGUAAAUGACAAGUGUAAAAUCCUACCAUAAAAUGCUAAAAAUAUGCACUGUUUCGAAUAAAAUCAAGAAAUGCAGCAU